AUGGCUCGGCUGCACGAAACUGACUCUGAGCUGGGCGAUUCCUACCUGGAACACGCCGAGGAGAUGUUCCGUAGGGAGAAAAGCAAGGUUAAGCAUGAGCUGGAACGCGAGUUGAAGUUCCAGCUUAAUAUGUUUGAUGUCUACAACAACGGACAUCAUGCCUGCAACAUGCACUGGGCUCAGCCGGGCAUCAAAGUUGUCUGUGAAGUUCCCCGUCGUCGUCGCAACAGGACUCGCCGCCGCCGUAACAGGAACAAGAAGAACCAAGCCGACUGUCCCAGCGAGAAUGCGUUUGAUUACAUCUACUCCGACAUCAGCGAUGACGAUUUCGAGUUCGAGGUCGAGGCCUACGAGCGCAAACGCGAAUACCGCGGAUCGCCCUAUCUCCAGCUGUGUUGCAUGCUUUUUGUCGCCAUUGUGGGUGUUGCAUGUGUUUCAUGUGUGCUCACUCACCUGGACACCCUCUUCGUCGAGCUUCGUCUUGCCAUUGCCGCUUCGUUCAUGAUCUUUCUCGGCCUGUCCUGUGUCUGGGUGACGUAUCUGCUGGGAAAGACUGUCGGCUACUUUGUGAGGUCCUGUAGGUUGUAA